CAUGUUUCUUCAUAAAGCUCUAAUCCAGUUAUUAAUAACAGCCCAGUGAGCUCCUGAUCUACCAAGAGCAUAUUGUGUUUUUCACCAGAAAGAGAUUAUUCCCUUGACUUUGGACUUUUCUUAUUGAACCCCUGAACAGAACCAAGGUUGCUAGGAGACCACCUGUGCUGAAUGCACUUGGUCUAGCAAGAGCAGAUCGAGGAGAAAAAUAGAUCCAAAAACCCAAGAAGCUGUUUACCUACCACUACCUGGGAUUAAUUCAGCAAGCAGGAAUAUUCUGAAUAUGACUGGAAAAGGCUGGAUAUUAAUUUCUACUACUACCCCCCAAAGUCUGGAAGAUGAAAUUUUGGGAAGACUUCUAAAAAUUUUAUUUGUUUUAUUUGUUGAUUUAAUGUCUAUUAUGUAUGUUGUUAUAACUUCAUAGAAAGCUGACUGUGCAUUUCAAAUUAAAUUCCAGUGAAUAAAGAUUUGUAUUUUAA